UCAUGAAUAUUCACAAAUUGAUUAUUAUGAUUGAUUAUGGGUGUGCGGAGUGAAACGAAACUUUGAUUCUGGCGAGAUCUCAUUUUAACAGUCGAAAACUUUGGAUGAUUAUAAAAGGAUUUAUAUUUAUUUCAUGGAUUUUGCUGUGUGAAUUCUGAAGUACUAAGUAAGCUAAUUGCAAAUUAUCCAGAGAUGCUGAAUUAACAAUGCUUUGAUGAACUGAGAAGAAUCUACAGUAGCAAGCACAGCCAUGGGUGCAGAUGAGGAAACAGAACGGAUUGUGAAGGCCAAUGAUAGAAUCGCUAAUUCCAGAUUCAAAUAUGCGAAUAAUUACAUCAAGACGUCCAAGUACAACAUCUUCACCUUCCUUCCCAUCAACCUAUUUGAGCAGUUUUUGAGGAUAGCCAACUUUUAUUUUCUUGUACUCUUCAUCCUUCAAUUGAUUGGUCCUAUCUCAUCUCUAAGCCCUGUCACCACUGCGCUUCCAUUGGUUGUUGUGCUUGGAUUAACAGCUAUCAAAGAUGCAGUAGAUGACUUUAGGAGACAUAAAAGUGACAACCAAGUCAACAACAGAGAAUCUUUCAUCCUUGUCAAUGGAGAGCUUACAACUGUAAAAUGGCAGCAUGUUCAGGUGGGGGACAUCAUUCGAAUGAAGAAUAAUGACUUUAUCGCAGCUGACAUCUUACUCUUAUCAUCCAGCGAGCCUCACAGUCUGGUGUAUGUAGAGACGGCAGAGUUGGAUGGGGAAACGAAUCUGAAAGUAAGACAAGCUCUUCCUGAAACUUCAAAAUUAGGAGAGGAUCUAGAGAGACUGAGUGGUUUCCAAGGUGAAAUUCGCUGUGAGGCUCCCAACAAUGUCUUGGAUAAGUUUGACGGAGCAAUGUCUUGGGCUGGAGAUAGGUUUUCCCUUAACAAUGAUCAGAUCAUGCUUCGAGGGUGCAGAUUACGAAACACCGCAUGGUGUUAUGGUAUUGUUAUCUUCGCUGGUAAGGACACAAAGCUGAUGCAGAACAGCGGAAAGUCUAAAUUCAAGAGAACCAGUCUCGACAGACUACUCAACAAGAUGGUCAUUUUUAUCUUUGGCUUCCUGUUCACCAUGUGCGUGAUUUGCGCAAUCUUAUGCUCAGUGUGGGAGCUGAGAACCGGUAGCGAGUUCCAGGCCUACCUUCCUUGGGAGUACCAGAAUGCUGCCACCAUCUCUACACUUACCUUCUUCUCUUAUGUAAUCCUCCUCAACACCGUUGUGCCAAUCUCACUUUAUGUUACAGUGGAGAUGAUACGACUGUGUCAGAGUCUUCUUAUCAACUGGGAUGUCAAGAUGUACUAUGAUCCAAAGGAGACUGGAGCCAGGGCCAGGUCUACAACCCUCAAUGAAGAACUGGGCCAGAUACAGUAUGUCUUCUCAGACAAGACCGGGACUCUUACUCAGAAUAUGAUGACAUUCAACAAGGCUUCCAUUGGAGGAAGAAAGUUUGGAGAGGUGAAGGACAUCAAUGGGGAUGUCAUGGAUAUAACAGAGGACACACCCCUUGUUGAUUUCUCAUCUAAUACCAUGUGUGAGCCAGGAUUCAAGUUCUAUGAUCCCAGCCUACUUGAUUCUGUUCAGAGGGGUGAUAAACAUUGUUGGUUGUUCUUUCGUCUUCUAUCUCUCUGUCAUACUGUCAUGCCAGAAACUGAUGCUGAUGGUAAUCUUGCAUACCAAGCUCAAUCACCAGAUGAGGCAGCAUUGGUUGGAGCAGCCAGAAAUUUUGGCUUUGUUUUCAAGUCUCGUACACCAACCACCAUCACCCUGGUCGUACAGGGACAGGAAGAUGUCUAUGAACUCCUUCACAUCCUUGAUUUCAACAAUGUAAGGAAACGCAUGUCUGUCAUUGUCAAGCAGGGUCAGAAGAUCAAGCUCUUCUGUAAGGGUGCUGACACCGUCAUCUAUGAACGUCUUGGUUCAUCCAGUGAUGCCUUGAAGGAUGUAACCACUGAGCAUCUCAAUGACUUUGCUAACGAUGGUCUACGAACUCUUUGCUUAGCUAUGAAGGAGGUGGAUGAACACACUUAUUAUGAAUGGAGAAAGAGACACCAAGAAGCAUCUUUGGCAACAGUUGACAGAGAGUCCAAGCUAGAUGAGGUCUACAACGAGAUUGAACAAGACUUGGUUCUUCUUGGAGCUACUGCCAUUGAAGACAAACUUCAAGAUGGAGUUCCACAAACCAUCCAAAACUUACACAAGGCCAACAUCAAACUGUGGGUGUUGACCGGUGACAAGCAAGAGACUGCCAUCAACAUCGGGUACUCCUGCAACCUGUUGACGGAAGAUCUCAACGAGAUCUUCAUCAUCUCGGCAAAGGAGAAGGCGGAGGCUCGUGAGGAACUAGAGGGGGCGCUGUGCAAGAUCAAGGACGUGAUGGGUAUCAAGGAUAAGGACCAACUGGAUGAUGAUGUCUCCUACCAGAGCAAGGACAUUGAUGAGCUUGGAGAUAUCUACAGUUUUGCCAUUGUUGUAACAGGAGCUGCAUUGGCCCAUCUUCUCGACCCAGAGGUAGAACUCGACUUCCUAGAAGCAGCCUGCUACUGCAAGACAGUCAUCUGCUGCAGAGUGACCCCUCUACAGAAGGCUCAAGUAGUUGACCUGGUCAAGACUCACAGGAAUGCUGUCACUCUGGCCAUUGGUGAUGGAGCUAAUGAUGUCAGUAUGAUCAAGACUGCUCACAUUGGUGUUGGUAUCAGUGGUCAAGAAGGAAUGCAGGCCGUACUGUCCAGUGAUUUCUCCUUUGCUCAGUUCCGUUACCUAGAACGUCUUCUCCUCGUCCACGGUAGAUGGUCCUACUAUAGAAUGUGCAAGUUCCUCUCCUACUUCUUCUACAAAAACUUUGCCUUCACUGUCUGUCAUUUCUGGUUUGCAUUCUUCUGUGGUUACUCUGCUAUGACGGGCUAUGACCAGUGGUUCAUCACAGCUUACAAUACUAUCUUCACGUCUACUCCUGUUAUAUCACUUGGAAUAUUUGACCAGGAUGUGAAUGAUGAAAUGAGCAUUCGAUUCCCAGCACUCUAUAAACCAGGUCAGAAGAACAAAUUCUUCAACUGGUUUGUAUUCCUAAAAAGUCUUUUCCAAGGAGUCAUUACUUCACUCGCCUUGUUCUUCAUCCCAUAUGGUGCCUUGUCUGAGAAUCUGUCCCCUGAUGGUCAGCCUAUACACACACAGUUCCUCUUUGGCGCUAUUGUGGCGACUAUGCUUGUUCAUGUUGUCAACUUAAAGAUUGCGAUAGAUACUUCCUAUUGGACUGUCUUCAGUCACCUAUGUAUCUGGGGCAGCAUUGCCCUCUACUGGCUGUAUGCUCUUCUACUAUACUCUGAGCCCAUAUAUGAACUACUGAGGGCGACAUUUACCUAUGUUGGAGUCACAUUUGUUAUGUGUCGUCUGCCAACGUUCUGGUUCACCAUAGCUCUAUUGCCUGUCAUCCUCCUCUUUCCCGCUCUUGGAAGACGAUCGCUGGGCAUGGAUGUUGCGCCGACGUUGACAGACCGCGUGAGACUGCUCCAAAGGAAGGAGGCACGGGAGGCCAAGAAGGCGAAGGGAAAGGGAGACGUGGAGCUGACAAAGAUCCGAAACAAGAGUGCAAUCCCCUCAAGGAUCGGCUCUGCCCGACCAGGAUCUCGCAUGGGGAGCGGAAAGUCGCGACCUGGAUCGGUCCGCUCCGGUUACGCCUUCGCCCAUCAAGAAGGCUUCGGGGAGAUGAUCACUUCGGGGCGUAGUAUGCGUAUCAAGGAUCCACCAGAAAAGAACGGAACAACCGGUGGUGUCAAGAAAACAAAGAGCAAGGAGAAUGUGGAAGAGAAGAAGGAGAAUGGUGUUACUACGGUAACAGAUGAAGAAAUUAAUGAGAUAUUAGCAUAGUACCUACAAAUUAUGUCAUACAUGUCAUUUGGACCCAAAAGACUAUUAUUUCACAACACAGGUACAUGUAAUGUCCCUCUUCCUUGUAACAGUUUAUUUUUUAUAUUCAUGGUGUGUAAAGAAUUACUAGUAAUGUCUUAUAUUUAAUCCUAAAUGAAAAAAUCUUGGGUAAUUUUAUUCUUUUUGAUCUUAUUUAUCAUGAGCUAUUUCAUGAAAAUGAAAAGUGAUAUCAAUUUUAUUUAUAUCCCAUGCUUACAUGGUAAGUGUAUAUAUCAUUGCCUCUCCUCGCCCUGAAAAAGUGAAGACUUUAGUAAGUUGUAAUAGUCUUCUUGUUUGAUUGAAUUGAUGAUUAAAAUGAAUUUCGUAAUAGAACACUUAUCUAAUUAAAGUGACCAUCUAAUUUUUUAUAGUGCUCAGAAUGAAUAGUUUCAUUGACAUUGCCACAAAAAUUGUUGACAUUAAGAUUUUCAUAAUUUUAAGUAUUAUAUGGAGAUGUAUAUUCAAAGACCAAUCAUUCUAAUGAAAAUUACAAGGUAGUAAUUUAUUUUCGUAAACCUUGCAUUGUAUUGCAAUUCAUUUCUAAAGUGUAGAAAUUCCAGAAAGAUUGCUGUAAACAUUCUAAUUCAACCUACGACUGCUGUUGAUUUGUUGACAGCUCUUAAAAUGAAUGAAGUAUUAAGAUACAAUUGCCUUUUAUUGCUUUGAUACCAAAAUAUCAUACCGACCAGAAAGGUUUAUAAUCUUCUAGUGUACUGAUUAAAGUAAGAGAAAAACCAGGAUCCUGUUUCAUAAAACUUGUUACAAUAACAAAUCUCCAAUAACAGUUACAAGCUACUGAAAUCAUUCAAUUUGAUUGGCUGAUAACAAAUAUGUCAUAGAAUUUGGGCAGUUCUUAUUAUAAGUAGUUUUAUGAAAUGAGACCCAGUAGUUUUCCUCCAAACUUGCAAUGUCAGGUACAUUAUUCUUUUAUUUUAAGUUUUCACAGUUGGUACAGAUAAAAAAAAUUGUGUGUUCCGAUUUAUCCAGAUAUUACUUAGAUUGUUCUGGAAGCACAUCGUCAAAGGAGAUACAUGUAGUACAUGUAGAUCAAAAGAGGCCUUCUUUCUUUCGUAUACAGAAACAUUUGUCUCCACAAUGAUAUACUUAAAUCUACCAGAAGAGGAGAAUAUACAGUCAAUGAUAUAUUGUUGGUUAGUGUUUAUUUGGUGUUGGUGUCAGGAAUUUUGGUGUUAAGAGCUGUUGAUUCGAGUGCAAACACCAAAUUUGGGUUUAUAGACAUAAUGCCAAUCACAUUAUUUGUAGCUCGACACCUAGUUUAACACUGACUUCGCACCAGCUUCAUUACACAUCCAGUGUUAUAUCUGUUGCUAGUUUAUGUAAACCCUAACACCCUUUUUUAGCCACCCUGUGCUUGAUGAAACACUGGCUGAAUUUCAGGGAAAAUGGGGUUUUUUUAAACAAAGUGUGAACCUAAUAUAAUCAUGUGCCAAACAAAUUUAAGCUGAAACACUGUAUCCUACCAGCUGAUACAAAGUGCAUCAAUUAUUUCAAUAUUCAGUCUAUGUCGUGAGAUUUAAUAUUUCUGUCUUAUUUGAAAGCAGUUUCAUUUUCAACUUUGAUGAAAUGGUCAGUAUACACACGUCAGGGAACAUGUUUCAUAAAGAAGGUUAUUGACAAAUGUAAAGUUACUUUUAUAAGUUUAUGAAAUAAUGCAAUUUGAUUGGUAAAGAGCAAAUUUCAUCGAAUUAAAGAAGUUUCACUGAUACAAUGCUUGUGGUUAAUUUAAAUGUUUGAAAUAAAAAAAAGUUCCUUUCAAUAUCAAUCUAAUGAAUACACAUUGGUUGUUAUAAAUAUUAAUCAUAUCUUCAAUUUUGUUAGAUGCAUUUGUAAAUGAAGGAAAAGUUAUACUGACCAAAAGUUAAUAUCUGUAUAGAUAUAAUGGAAAGCUGUAUUCAAUUUCCUUCUAUGAUAAUGUAGACAAUUGCGACUGGACUAUUCAAUAUUUAUCAAACUUAUUGUUGAUUUUAUUUAUUACAUUUUCCUGCUGUUGGUAUUGACUUUUAUAAAAUGGCAAUUUCCAAAAUUAAAUUAUUUCCUUGAAAAACGUAGUACUUCACUCAAACCUAUGAUACCAGUGAUAUUAUAAAAAAGAACUUUGUUGGUCUUAAAACCAUUGCCUGUUUUUUUUUUCUUUUCUUUUUUUGUGGGGUCAUAUAGCAUUUCAAUUGAAUUUCAAUGAGAACCAAAAUACUAGUUACUAGUUUUCUUAUAACCUUACACAAAUAUUUUACCAAUAUCAAAUAAUUUUUAAGGAUUUUUUUUUUUGAGGGGGGAAUCUUAUUUGUAAUUUUUUUUUUGGUAACUGCAUUAUUUUGGAGAACCAGGAAUUACAUUUUAAUUGAAUGACAAUGAAUUAUGUCUAUAAAACAUAUGAAGUAACUUUAUAAUGCCAACACAAAAUGAAAUCAAAAGAUUAUAUGACGCUAUGUAUCUUUAUUACAUUCUCAUCCUUCAUUAAAAAAUGUAAUGAAUACUAUUGUGUUGUGAUGAAACCACGUCUAAUUGCAAAGUCAAUUGAAAACCCAGUCUAAGUUUUUAAAGGCAUUUGUGUUGAUACAGUUAAUAUCCUACAAUUAUUUGCCCUAUUAGAAAGUUUAACAGUACUGAAGCAUGACCAAAUAACAUCAUCAUUCAUUACAGUUGGUAGAUUUUGAAAGAGUUUGUUUUGAUGAGGCGACUCCAUGUAAUUUACAGUCAUAAUCCAAACCUGUCUACAUGUUGCUUAUGUAUGCCCUGUGCACUUUCCACCCCUUGAUAAAUAUAAACAGUAUAAUUGCAUGUAUCAAUAUAUCUCUUGAAUUAUGGCUGCGCAGUGUCACACAUUUGUGUCUUUGAUCAGGUGUUGUGAGUAUGCAAUAUUGUCAAACAAUGUCUGCAUUAAUCCUUUCAACACAAUUUAACAAUAUAUUCCAUAUACCAUAGCCUCAUUAAACACAAUAUUUCUCUACAUUACCAUGAGAGGUGUUACAUGGUGUACCGACAGUAGUGUUUUUAGUAGCUGAGCCUCGUGGUCAUAAUAUUUUGAUACAAGUAGAAUAUCAUGUUGCCCUAAUAAUGAAUGUAUUCUUUACUGAUAUUUAGCUUAUGCCUGAUCUUUCAUUUUGCAGAUCUAUUGAUAAUAAAAAGUGCUGCCGAAUGAGGUCACCAUAUUCUAGAAAUAGCAUGUUUGCAUGUUCCAAAUAGCUUUCAAGUGAAGAAUGUACAUACAUAGCAAGACCUAGGAUUAAAUUGACAAUGUCCUCGCAUAGUCUCCUUCAAUGCAAGUAGUUAGUAAAUAAUGCUUUUCAUUUUAUGUGGGGACAUUUCAAAUAAUCAUGAAAGACGAUUUCCAAUGGUUUGUGCUUGGUGUAGGAAUGCUUAAAUUUGCCAUUCUGCAAAAGCCUUAAUUACAAAAAACUUUGUAACAAGUCAGGAGUUCUAUUGGUUUAUGUUCAUAGAAGUGUUGUGAAAUGUCUUUAGAUCUGCAAUUGUGUCUUUCAAUCUUUCACUACUCAGAUUUAUUUGAUUCGCUGAAUGAUAAUUUUAGAUAAUGCUGAAAAUCAUGGGACUUUCACUGCAAAAACUGUCAAAUAUAUAAUGUUUUCAAAGCAUGACUGCUAACUGGUACUGCACACAUAAUGGAAGUCGAGUGAAAUAUGAUCCUGUACUUACUUUUUCAUUCCAGAAAUGAAAUAUACUCAACUUUGAUAAUUGAGAAUUCAGUCCUGGAGUAUUUGUUGUAACAAGGAUAAGACAACAACUUAAUAUAUAUUUGAUGCAUAAGAAUAAAAAAUCUACCUCCCCUGGUAUUGGCUGUACAUGAAUUAUCAAAAUUAGAAGUGGCUCAACUUUUGAUUUGUGCCCAUCAUAUCUUGUUUAUUUCCACAUUUACAAUUGAAAUGAAUUUGGGUAUAAUCAAUACUUGUAUUCAUAUAAUAAUUUUCAUCAAGGUAUUUUCGGAAAUACAUUAUGUGAAUGGGUGCACCGUGCUAUGUAUGACAAGCUCCAUACCUAUACUACAUGCAAAUGUUCAAACAUGAUGGCAAAUCAAAUUUUGUUAUUCUACUGUUCCAUGAAAUAAAAUUGUCAAGUUGGAAGCGAUCAGGACAAAACUGUAAGGCACUUCUUUCUAAAAUUUUGUAUCAUGAGAUUAGAUUGCUAGAGUAAUUUAAAGAUGUAAAUCAUUUCAUAUUUGUUAUGUUAUAACAAGUAGAGGCUGUCAAAGAAUUUGCUAUUUUUCCUUGAAUAUUGAAGGUAUAUUUUUCAUUGUAUAUUCAAAUUAAUUUGUACAGUGAAAUCUUGGUUGAAGAACUGUUAUUCUUAUUGUUUUCCUAUUAGACAUGAUUCAACUUGCUGUACAUGGUUAUCAGUUAUUUUGCAAUCCUAGAUUAUGUGAUGUUUCUUCAAGCUUGACUUACAAUUAAGAGUAUGUAAGCAUCAUCAAUUUGGAACAUGUCAAAUACCAAACUUUAAAUGUAAUAUUAUAGAUUCAGUCAAAUCUAGAGUGGUACAUCAUAAAAUCUGUUUUGGUUGUACAUGUACAUUUAGUCGGCAACCGAUAUGGAAACAAUGAAAUAUAAGCUUUUAUAUUUGUAUGCAUAUAGAAUGCUCACAUUUUGAAGUGUAAGUAAGAUCUUGCUUGGCAGUAUUUUAUUUCCAAGAGAUGUGAAAUCAGUUAAUGUGAAUAUAAUGCUGCCCAAAUCUUACACCCCCUAACAUAUGAUUGAUUAGCAUGUAAAGAAUCUUAAAAUCUUUUAAAUCCCUCCAUUUUUGUCCACUAAAUUGAGGUUAAAGUCAUUCUCUUAUGACCGGGAAUUCAAGAUAUCUGCUGUAAAUCUUUAUGCAUAUUGAAAACACCUUUGUUAUGCAUGUACUUCUCGGAUAAUUCUACAAUUAGUAAACUGCAUAACUGCCUGCAGAAAAAUUUCUAAUACAUGUACAUACAUAUCUUUCACAAAGAUUCUACACUGAGUUAUCUUUUCUUUUUGUACACAAGGUGAAAACUUAAAUUUUGUUUGGGUACAAUAUAUAGUCUUGCUAAGGCUUCUGUACCUCAUCGUAGUGAAUUUCGUUUUACUUUUUUCCUAUCCCCAGUAUAAUUUUCAAAGAAAUUUCUGUUGUGUUUAUAUAUUCAUAUGAUUUUCAUUGUGCCUUCGUGGGCUCUUCUCCUGCACCAAGUCGAUCAAAGAUUUUUUUCACAGAAUUUCUCAACCUUGUACGAUUUCUCGCUGAAUAUGAUAAUAGGAAAUGAUGCCUUGAUCAAAAUAAUUCUUUAUACAAUUAGAUCAUCAGCGGAUUUUUAGGCUGAAUUUUAUAUAUAUUUGAAUCAUAGAUGUGUACAUUAUAGAGCAUAUGGUGAUGCGGUAUUUAGGUGCACUAUGCACUGUGGUCAUUGGUAGUUUAUUUGUUUUAAAAAGUAUUAAUUAGAGGCUAUAUAUAAAUCACACCUAAAUGUAUAACAUGUUUUACCAGUAAGUUAAAAUAGAGGCUGUGAUGUAGUGAUUUUUGCUGAAUAUGGGUUUUUUUUAACAAAGAUGUUUAAUUUUGUAUCAUACUAUUUGUUAAUAAGCUAUGUCUUCAUUAGAAUGUAUAUGGCAUAAGUACAUGUAAAGUAAGUGAAUUGUGAAAGAUUUUAACAAGAAUCCUCAUAUAUUGAGGCUUGCUGUACUAAGGAGUUCCUAAUAACAUCUUCAAAAUGUUUAUUCAUCAGUUGACAAACUCUGGUCAGGAGUGUGAAAAACAACUGUCACAAAUAUUUAUGGUUGAAAUUGACUGUUGGUUCUUUCUGAGCAUGAUAGGAUUGUGUUCUCUCAGUUUAACUGGGUUUUCACUUUACAGACUUGUGAUUUAAUUCUGUGUCAACUAUGGAAAGCCAGUGUUUCCAUCAUGUGUCUUGUUUGAGUAUGUCGGCGCAUAUGAAGUGCUCUUGAAGAUGUACCCAUGUGCAUCCCUCUUUAACCGUGCUCUUUUCGUUUUUUUAACUUGAGUGCAUGCAGAACUUUUCUCAACUAUAACUUAUGGAGCAACUGGCCUUCCAUAGCUGAUUUGAAUCCAUUGCAACAUUCUAUAUGACUGGCCUGUUCACUCAUUAAAAGAAAGGUAGAACUCAGCAUUACAUGUGAAUUAUGUGCGUGGAAGGUGAGCUUUGUCUUUCACUUAUACUAUCAAAAUGCUGGCAAAAAAUAUGA